CCCUCCCUCUUUCCUAGAGCUGUUUAGGAGCAGAUGGAAGAAAUAGAUGUAUCUGUUCUGAAUACACCACCAGGUGACAUUACGGAUUUUCUAGACAUCGGCGGCGAUGUCGUCGACGAAUCAACCCAAGUUUUCAAUUUCAAACAACAUGUAGACGAACUAGCCUCCCAGGUUGACCAGCUUGGACAAAAAUUGAAUGGGAUAUCGAAAUUCUACUCAUCUAUGAGUAGAAAGCAAGGGUGCUCAGUCGGGAAGGAUAAGGAAAGACAUGGUACUAAUAGUAUUAAGAAACACCAACAAGAAGCAGCCAAGAGAAUGCAAGAGCUUAUGCGUCAAUUUGCCACGAUAUUGCGCCAGCUCACGCAACAUAAGCUGGCGUGGCCAUUUAUGCAACCUGUAGAUGUUAAGGGACUGGAGUUGCACGAUUAUUAUGAGGUGAUUGACAAACCCAUGGAUUUCAGUACAAUAAAGAAUCAAAUGGAAACAAAAGAUGGUACUGGAUAUAAAAAUGUUCGUGAGAUAUAUGCUGAUGUGAAGCUGGUUUUCAAAAAUGCAAUGACAUACAACGAGGAGAAAAGUGAUGUUCAUGAAAUGGCAAAAACCUUGUUGGAAAAAUUUGAAGAGAAGUGGUUGCGGCUUUUACCUAGAGUUGUUGAAGAGGAAACAAAAAGAAAAGAGGAGGAGGCAGAAGCUCAUCGAGACAUGCAACUUGUUCAAGAGGCUGCUAAUGCAAAAUUGGCUAGAGAUAUUAGUAAUGAGCUGUAUGAGGUUGAUAUGCAUUUGGAGGAACUGAGAGAAGUGGUGGUUCAGAAAUGCAGGAAAAUGUCUGCAGAAGAGAAAAGAAAGCUUGGUUCUGGACUUAGUCGGUUGUCACCUGAGGAUUUGAGCAAGGCACUUGAGAUUAUUGCUCAAAAGAAUCCAGACUUCCAAGCCGGGGAGGAGGAAGUAAAUAUUGACAUGGAUGCUCAGAGCGAAUCUACAUUAUGGAGGUUGAAGGUACUUGUAAAGGAUGCCCUUGAAGUUAAGGCAAACAGUCCCACCAAGAAGCUCGUCAGCGACAACUCUAAAAGAAAGAGAGAAAUCUGUGAUGCUCUUGCCAAAACUGCCGAGAAACGGAGUAAAAAAACGUCUUCUGAAAUUGAACCCCUGUCCUAGAGAUACAAUUAUUCAGUUGUUAUAUAUAUCAAGAAGAUCCAUUAUCCACUUUUUUUUUUUUUUUUUGUCUCUCGUCUAAUGUCUAUUCCCUUUCCUCAUUUUGUAUGUGCUUAAGACUCUGUACAUCCUACAAUGUACAUGUGGGGAUUAAAAAGUGA